AACUUUGCCGCCAAAUUCACGUUGGAUUGAAUUUUUACUUUGCCGUGCGUUUUGCUGGAUUUUAAUAUCCGCUAUUCAUGAAAUGUAUUUAUUAAAAGUCGCUUUUUUGUAAGAUUUCCUCCGUAACAAUAAGAUAUCCUUUCAGUGUAUAUAUAGUGUUACUGUCGUAAUUCAGAGUGUGCGUAAAUAUGUGAAUUCAGAAAUGAAUAGAUUAGACAAGAUAAAGGAUGACAAACAAAAUAAAAGCAACUGUAAUAAUCAAAAUAAAAUUUUAGAGCUGGAUUUGGAUUACCUUGAACGUGGAGGCGGUGGAACUUUAGCGGUAGGGGGUAGCCCCAGCGUGGAGCCGAGCCCUGACAGCCUGGACCUGGUCAAAGUGGUUCUUCUUGGGGCACCUGCUGUGGGAAAGACUAGCAUCAUUCAGCAAUUCGUGUGGAGCGAUUUUUCCGAAGACUAUGUGCCUACUGACCGGAAACAUACUUUCUAUCCAUCUGUAAUAAUAAAUGAACAUCUAUAUGAGGUGAAAAUAACAGACGUGCCAGUGAUCCCCUAUUUUCCCAUUAAUUCAUAUUACGAAUGGGCCCACUACCGAUUUUACGGACUUCGAAAUGCCACUGCCUAUAUUCUUGUCUUCGAUCUUUCCAAUGUCGAAACCUUUCAAUACAUUAGAACGUUGAGAGAUCAAAUGGUUGAGAGCAGAGACAUGAGGAACGUUCCCGUUCUCGUGGUUGGAAAUAAGCAGGAUUUAUUAUGCAGCGCCGCCCCUACGGCUGCCAGUGGCUUGCAGCAGUUGGCAAUGGCGGAGAGUGCGUGCGGUGAUUCUCGUGAAAAGCGAAGAAACAUAGUUAAUCUUGUGCGUAAGCAUUGGAAGUGUGGCUAUGUUGAGUGUUCGGCAAAGUACAAUUGGCGAGUCAUUGCUGUGUUUAAGGAGUUAAUGGAGAUGAUUGAUGCGCUAGAGUGUACUGGUGGGGUCAGGAGUGCUGAACCUCCCCCUGAGUCAUCAACAGGGCAAGCGAAUGAGAAUCGGUGUGCGGUUGCUUAGCAUCUUUCGGUGCUGAAACGAUAUGUGUUCAGGACACUCUCAUUUUCAUCAAACCAUGAGUAGGUAAUUCCUAUAUAAACGAGCCUGUAAUGUCUGAUACACCGAGGUUACCACAUAACUGUAUAGCGUCUUCAACCACUGUCAAUAAUUAAACUAAAACUUAUCUAUAACUGAUGUUCUCAUAAUUUCAGUAUUUGUGUUUUUUUAAAGUACUUUUUGGCUUAUUCUAUAUUUUUUUAGCGCCAGACUGAAUUUGAUUUCUUCCAUUUUUAAAUUUUCUAGGAAGGAGCUCUAGAAACCGGUACUCCUCAUUGCUAUUUUCUGAAGAUGAAUGAAUAGCUGACGCAUCACCGUCUCAAUGGUUUUUUUUUUAAUUAGACUUAUUGACUUUUAUUUCAUGAGUAAACAAAGAAUCGCAGUGGAUUUGGUGCUUUCAAAAGCACAGACCUUGCACAUUUACUACAAUAUUCAAAUCGGGAUCGGUAUCAAAGCUUGUUGUAUUGGGAUUCAGCGUUAUAAUAUAAAUCUAGUCAAGAGAAACGUAACUUGUUGACUUGAUAAGAGAGCACAUAGCUAUGUUUUAGUUAAUAUUUUAUCAAUUAUAGAUGUACAAAUUAGCAACUUCAUCAUAUCAAUUUAAUUUCUAAAAUCAAUUUUAUUGCUCAAAUUCAAUUUUGUACAUACUAUUCUUAAGGCAUAACACAUUGUAAUACUCGUAUAUAUCUAGUUAUUAAAUGUUAAUAUAAUGGAUUGUCAGAUUUGUACCGAGUUAAAUAUAAAUAAAAUUCAAAUACUCUUAAAUUUAUUGCAAAACAACAAAUAGUAUUUUGCUACGCACCGUUGCCAGAUUUAUUAAUAGCACUUUUAUAAUAGUAUAGACAAUGCAAGCUAUUUUGACACCGAAUUCAAUAUAGUUUUUGUAAAUAUUUUGGAGUGAUAGGAAUGCCACUGUAUUUUAAGUGAUAAAAAUUGUGGUAUAAUAUAUGUGUGUGGUAUAUAUUAAGCUGUAAUAAAAAUUAUAACUGAUAUUUGUUGUAAGGUUUUCGUAUUCUAUAUUACAAUUCUCUAUAGUGACACCAUGGAGAUUAAAUUGUGGUUUAAUUUUUAAAGGUCUUAUAAAAUAAUGACGACACAAAGCAUGUGAUUCGAAAGCGUCUCUAGUCAAACAUCAGACAAAUCACAAUAAACGUGACGCGCCAUCGUUUCUGUUUUCAUUCCCUAAUCUUGAUAUAAAUAUGCUAAAUUUGAAGAUUUUAUUCUAGCAUAAACAACUUUUAAAAUAUACAAACAUCCUUUUUUAUUAUUUUUAUGAUAAACACUUAAAAACACUUCCUGUAUACAUCUUAGAACUCUACAAAAAUCAGAUCACUAUGGUGAAGGUAAUUAAGACAAACGAAACGCCAAACUUGCGAUAUCCGUGCUACGGAAUCGGUAUCGCUGUUGAUAGUAACAGAGUAGAGCAGAGUAUUAUUUGUUUCCGUAUAAUACCAAUAACUGUAUAUAAAACAUUUAUAUAAAAGUGAUUCUGCUUAUUUGUAUUUGCAUAAACAACUGAACGGUUGAAUUAUUAUAGGAACCUUGACUUUAUGUUUUUUCUAAUUUCCACGUAAAUAUUUACGCGGCUAGCUAGUAUCUUAAAUGUACUCCGAGUUGUGCUUUUGUACCCUUGCGCUUCCCAUUAGUGAAUAUUAUUUUUAGAUAGUUAUACCCUAUCUUAGUCUAUUCUAGCGUAAUUUAAGAACUUAGAUUAAGAACACAAACAAUUUUGUGUUGAUUACUUUUUAUACUUUUUAAAAGUAUUUUAAUAAAGGCUUAGUGAGAGCUUAACAUUGAACUUCUCUAAAGUUUCUAAUGGUAACGUUUGAGCACCUGCUUUUUUAUUGCCCACCCAAAAUGGUCAACUUGACUGUCAAUGUUUCCCUGAAACAAUGAAGGCCUGAAACGUACAAUUGUUAAUAAAUAUACUAAAAAAAUGUUUUGUAAAAUGUGAAAAUAAUAAGUGCAACAAUUAUAAGUUUCCCUUAUCUAUAAUGUAAUGAUUUUCUUGUAUAAUAACAGCUUCUAACGAAGCCGAUACACGAAUCUUUUUUUUUAUUUAUUUAUUUAUUUUUAUUUGUAGAUAAUAGUCACUAGUGAUAAUCUUAAACGACCGUAUAAAGUGGGCAAUAAAUUUUUACAUAUUUUAAAAGUGAUUCCUGAUUUUUGAAUAAAUAAUUA